GGUCAAUAGUACAAUGAUCAGCUCGACCACGACGGCCUCAGGCCAACAUGAAGAAUGGGCGUGUCUAUGGCCUGACAAUCGAUAGCAAGUGACCCGUGAGAGGCAGGUCGCGCAGGCUGCGGGAUGCGGGGAGACUGGUUCGCAGGCACGAACAAAAAUACUUUACUCGACGCCUUCUGCUUCAGGUUCAUCAACUUCAACGAUAACAACGAUGGUGGCGGCGACGAUGGCCAUCGAGCCCAGUCUGUGGUUCUGGAGUACAGAAAUACACACAAGGGCUCUUCACACGGUGAGACCUUUCCAUGACGGCGCGAGGAGCCAAAUGGUCUUACCACUCGCGGGGGCCGCUGCACCAACACAGCAGACGCCGCAUGGCCAGAGAAGAGUCGAACAAAGCACAACGCAGCAGCGCAGAACAGCACAGCACCGCACACUCACUGGCAGCGCUUGAUGACUUGCAGGGCCCCGGCGACAGUGAUUUUGCCAACGAAUGCAUAUGCAGCUGCAUUAGUCGAGGCUAAUCAGGGUUUUGACAGAGACCCGGCGCCACUCGUUCUGCCUCUCAAGCAGUGUCAAGCCGCGAUUCGAGCGCAAUCCAAGCGACUCUGCUCUCCGCCUAUGCCCCGAUCCCAACCGUUCUCGAUUCUCCUCGACAUAUGUCGUGUGGUGCACAAGAAAGACUGCUUCAGUCCCCGGAUCUCAUCUGUUGUAUCAACAGCCCGGCCCCUCCUGGCCUAUGAUUGACCCCAAUUAUUCUCAAUAAUCGACAAUAGGUGCUGCGAUUCCAUAGCUGGAGCAUUGUGCUUCACCACCCAAAUCGUCUCUCGCGUCCCUCGAAAUGCGACACUCGAACACGAUGUUGACCCUGGCCGCUACGCUGUCUGAAACAGUGUGUAUUGCAGGAUCCAGCCGAACCCUCUUCUUUAGCUCUGUGUGGUGCUGCAGAAAUGCUACAGGACGUGGAUAUUUACGCGUCUCCGAUGAGCCUCGGGGACAAGGCCACGUCAAGCCUCAGACUCACAUUGACCGGCCAAAAGCUCGUUUAUCCCAGAUGGUGAACGAUCUCGACCAGAGGGAGACGAAGAUCCUACUGCCAUGUGUCGUUCGUAAGCUCACCGACAGCAACAAAGGGUUUGCCUUGCUUGGUGCCCCACUCUUCUCGGAUGAUGCGCUGGCACUGCGGUGUCGACUCGUACUUUACCUAUUGUAUGGAGUGGCGUUCUGACCACUGUAUUCUCGAACAAUCAUCCCUUUGUGUGCUGUACCAGCUAAUCGAUUCGGCCAUGUCCUGCUAGUUUUUAGGGCAGGCGAACCAGUCAGAGCAGUUGGCCACAGACAAAAAGUCCGUUAAGGCACUUUGUUCAUUCUGGUCGAUCCUAUCUCUCUACAGCAAUGAUUGUUUCUACCUGUUCUUGUCUUACCUCUUGCCACGCAGCCCUGUGCAACAAUAAACUGACAUGUCCCGGAUUGGGUUUGUGUAUGCCCAUCCUGUCUGAAGCGGGUGUUAGCACCAAGUAGAGUUCAAUUUCCGGAUGACAGGGACGGAAGCAGUCUUGCCAGCAC